AUGGACGACCACGGGCUGGACGAGUUCCGCCGGCGCUGGCAGGAGGAGCUGGCGCAGGCCCAGGCGCUGAGGAAGCGGCGGCGGCCCGAGGCGGCCGAGCGGCGGCCGCGGCGGCCGGAGCUGGGGCCUGGGCGCGGCGAGCAGGCCUCGGGGUACCUGGCCUUGGCCCAGGGGCUCCUGGAGGGCGCGGGGCGGCCCCCGGCGGCGCGGGCCGCGAGGCAGGACGCGGCGAGCCGGUCCCGCUCCCCUCCGGCCCGCGAGGGCGCCGGGGGCGGCGAACAGCUCGUGGACCAGCUCAUCCGCGACCUGAAUGAAAUGGAUGAUGUGCCCUUCUUUGAUAUCCAGCUGCCUUAUGAAUUGGCAAUCAAUAUAUUUCAGUAUCUGGACAGGCGAGAACUUGGAAGGUGUGCACAGGUGAGCAAGACGUGGAAGGUGAUUGCAGAAGAUGAAGUGCUCUGGUUCAGGCUGUGCCAACAGGAAGGGCACCUUCCCGAGAGCAGCAUCUCUGAUUAUUCUUGCUGGAAGCUCAUCUUCCAAGAGUGCCGAGCCAAGGAACACAUGUUAAGAACCAACUGGAAGAAUCGCAAAGGUGCUGUGAGUGAGCUGGAGCAUAUCCCGGAUGCAGUGUUGUGUGAUGUACGCUCUCACGACGGCGUUGUCAUUGCCGGAUAUACAUCAGGGGAUGUGAGGGUGUGGGACACCCGCACCUGGGACUACGUAGCCCCCUUCCUGGAAUCAGAGUAUGAGGAGGAUGAGCCUGGAAUGCAGCCAUAUGUCUCCUUUGUGAGGAUAAACAGCUCGCUGGCGGUAGCAGCUUAUGAGGAUGGAUUUCUUAAUAUUUGGGAUCUCAGGACUGGAAAGUAUCCUAUUCAUCGUUUUGAGCAUGAUGCAAGAAUACAGGCACUAGCUCUCAGCCGGGAAGAUGCAACUGUUGCCACGGCUUCUGCUUUUGAUGUCAUAAUGUUAAGCCCCAAUGAGGAGGGUAUUUGGCAAAUAACUGCAGAAUUUGAAGUUCAUAAACUGGUUGACUACCUUGAAAUAGUUCCAGAUACCGGGAGGUACCCUGUGGCAGUGGCCACUGCUGGAGACCUGGUGUACCUGCUUAAAGCUGAUGACUCUGCCAGGACGCUCCAUUAUGUCUAUGGCCAGCUUGUCACGUGCCUAGAUGUCUCAGCCAACCAGGCUGCUUUUGGUGUGAAGAGUCUGGGAUGGGUAUACGAAGGAAACAAGAUCCUGGUCUAUAGCUUGGAAGCAGAACGUUGCCUCUCGAAGCUGGGGAAUGCUCUUGGGGACUUCACCUGUGUCAACCUCAGAGACAGCCCCCCCAACCUCAUGGUCAGUGGCAACAUGGACAGAAGGGUGAGGAUUCACGACCUACGCACCGACAAAAUUGCUCUGUCGAUGUCAGCCCACCAACUUGGCGUCUCUGCAGUGCAGAUGGACGACUGGAAAAUCGUCAGUGGAGGCGAGGAAGGCCUAGUCUGUGUGUGGGAUUAUCGGAUGAACCAAAAGCUGUGGGAAGUGCAUUCUAGACACCCUGUGAGGCACGUCUCCUUCAACAGACACAGCCUCAUCACAGCCAACGUGCCCUACGAGAGGGUGGUGCGCAGCGCCGACCUGGACAGCUUCGCCACACACAGGAGACAUCGGGGGCUCAUCCAUGCCUACGAGUUUGCAGUGGACCAGCUGGCUUUUCAGAGCGUUCUCCCCAUCUGCCGCUCAUCCUGUGACUCCAUGGCGGGCUGUAGCUAUGACCUGGCGCUGGCUUUUCCCUACGACAGUAUUUAGGAAGUAGCCUCGGGGGAGCAGGGGAAAUGGGAAGAACGAAUGUCGAGAAAUUUAAAACUACAGAGGAACUCUGUGCCGGCUUCAUGUCAGGGGGGAAAAAAGCAAUCCCCCGUUCUCUCGUGCAACGCCACAUUCCUGAGCUGCCUCCCUCUUCUGUCGCUCACUUCCCUCUCGUUGCCUCAUGGCUUGUUCAUCUUCCUCCGUCCUCUCUCUCCCGAGGGCUUUGAGCACCUCAAACUGAUCAAACAAAUCAAUACCUCACACACACACCCCCCAGCUGCUCUCUGCCCCGCCAGUGGCCAUCUUUCCAGUCUCCACACCCUUUUCUGGGGCCUUUAGACAGCCUGGGCCUCAAGCUUCCACGUCCACCCGACCCCUGGAUCUGGGUAUUCCCAGCAGGUGGUCCUCCCGGACACCCCCUCCCUGCUGCAAGGCUCAUACGGCGUACAGGACGCUUCCCCUUGUGGCUUUUACCACAGUUUAUAAGUAUAUAUUUAUACAAUUCUUUCAUUAAUAACUAUUUUGCUUACAAUUAUGUCUACGACAUGUGCUACAAAAAUUAUUUUCUAUAUUCGUUGGAUAAUCAUCCAUCCUCCAAGUGGGGUGGCAGCCGACUCUGCAGGGAACAUGGGGGGGGGCGGGGGGGGGGAGCCACAGGAGCAUAGCCAGAAACCAGAGCCCCACAGCCCACGCUCAUAGUGGGUAAAAAAAUUUAGACUCAUCGGAUUUACUUCCUAUCUGACAGACAUCUGUGAAUUUUGUACCUUUUCAAAUAUCUGUAGACGAUGCGCAGAAUGACCACAAAGAUUGAGGCCAUGCAGGCCAGACCCAGCGAUUCUCGAUGCAGCAGUUAGAAAUCAGCGAAAUAAAAAGACAUUUGGAAAUCCCAGGCACUCCCGAAUUGUUGAUAAGGAGGGCGCUCAACGGGAAGCAUGGCAGAGCACGCGGAGUGGGGGCGGCUCCAGCGGGAGGAGCGUCACAUGACCGCGCGAAGCCAACAAAUAGUAAGGCGAGUCAGAAAGCCAAGAGCAGUUUUUCUAAGACAGAAUACUCCACUCUUGAUUUUAAAAAAAGGCCCCAGAGGGUCAGGAAAGGCACGCAGUAAGCGCUGUGGGUGUGGGGCCCCAGAGGGGAGCUGCAAAACGGGGGAGUGCCCCCGCUCAGCUCUGGGACUCCAGUGGGGGAGGUUUCCAGAUGGCUUGGAGUUGGGCCUUACCAACCUCUUCUGCUGGCUGGUGGGAGGAGGGGGCCCUGCGCUCUCAGGCCGCCUACCUGGGGAGGCAGCUCCCCAGCAGGGCUUGCUGCUGCCUCGCAACCAAAGCCUUCACCAAGAAGCCAGUCCGCACUCAGCCAGCGAAGUGUUACUUACUCUCCUUGGCCAGUGGUGGGUUGACACCCGCCCCCCCGCCCCUUUAGAAGGUUCCACUAGUCUUUGUUUCUCUAUAUUUUAUACCAUUCGUUUCUGUACAGUUUGCUUUCUCUUCUCAGGUGUAGCCCCCGUAAAAUGCCCACUACCAAGUUCUACUAGUCUUAACGCAACCGGACCACUGGGUCAAAUGUAUUUUUUUCUUUUAGGCAGCAACCCCUCCCAGUCUGAUUUCACGGCUCACUUUGCAAGUACAGGCUCCCGCUCCUAGCUUUGCCGCAAUUAAAAGAACAUUGUAAAGAAAUUAGACCCAGAAGAUUUCACUAAACUUAAAAAUGAUUUUAGUCUAUUACUCACUGCCAGCAGCUGGUCCAGCUAUGCGCCCAGGGUCCGCUGCUUUUCCAUUCUGCUCGCAACAUGCCUCCGUUCGUGAGCACGGCCUGGUCUGUGAGCGGGAGCUGGCUGCCUCCAGGCAGGCCGGCUGUAACGUUGCAUCCUAGAAAUUGCCCUGCCAGGGAAAGGAUAAUAGUUCCUUUAUAAAGCAACAUUUACACGACGACUGAAUUUAAAAGUGCCCACCCCACUCUGUUCAUCCCUGGUUGGCUGUUUUCAGGGCGCUUUUUCGCAAGUACUGGGGUUCUAGGGAAGCUCUCAUCUGCUCUUCUGUAGCCCUGCUACUCCUCUGACCCUCCCUGUGUCCCCCUUACAGACGGGAAAGACUCAGAUCUGUUGCUGGCCAGCCCCCAGAGCGCCUGUGUCUUAUCUUAAAACUGACUUUUGCUUUCUAAUAAAUUUUUCAAAUACAUUUACCGCUCAAAUGACU